AUGUGGCACUUUUGCAACGGUGUUUUUUGGUCUUUUUCCCCCACCACCCGAGUGGGUUUUUGAUCAGUUAGUUUUAACUAGUAGCCAAAUAGUGCAAUCAGUGCCCAAGGUGAUUAUUGCGCUUCGUGAAGGAAGCGAAUUAGCUGAUUAAAUCAGUCUAAUAUCGUGCCACCGUUAUCAUCGUCGUCACAAACAGUCAUCAGUGAACGAUAAUCUUCCGCAUCUGUAUAGCAGCAGAGCAGUAGGAGACACGGUUGCUGUAUACCUACCUACAGUGCGGUCGGCUUACAGCUGCAGUAGAAUCGAGGAUAGAAGGCUAACCCCCGAUUUCUUCACCCUGGCUUAAGCGUUAAACCAGGUUUAACUAUAUGGGUAAGCCUGGCUUACCGGUUAAGCCGAGGUGAAGAAAUCGGCCCUAAGUAGCAUUGUUUUGUUCGUACCUAUUCCCCACUGCAUUGUAAUAAUUUAUUUUGCUCCGCCGAACCAAAGUUGUUUUUUUUACUUCACUUCUGUCUCUCUCCCGGUAUGCCCCGUAUAAAGGGGUAUAAAUCAGUUUGAAAUAAAAGUACCCGUGGGAUUUACUUUUUGUUUUUUUUUUCUCUCUAUAACGCUCCACACAGGGUGCGUCAAAUUUGAAAUUAAUUUUUGAGUUGAAUUGCAACCGUUUUUUUGGUUUUCUCUAUUUUUGGUAUAUAUUUUUUUUUUGUCUACUCUUUGAGGAUUGAAUUGGAUCCCUUAUGGGGGGAUCCAAUGGAGGCGAAUCGCCUCCUAAAGAUAUUAUUGCUCGAACGCGGUUUUACCAGCCAUCUUCGCCUGGGCCUUGGGUUGUCUAUUUCCGGCGCAAAUGCAAACCUUUGAAUGUGCUCUCAAUUUCUCGAGAGCUGGCGCGUAAGUAUCCCGGGACUGUUAUUCACCAAGUGAAACAGUCCAAGCUGCGUGUAACCGCACCUAGUUACAAAGCAGCAAAUGAAAUUGUCCAGCACGAGUUGUUUUCAUGUGAAUACGCCCUAUACAUAAAUGCACGAGAAGUGGAGGUGGAGGGGAAGAUCCUCGACGAAACGCUGACCUGCGACGACAUCAAGACCGGUGUAGGCCGGUUCAAUAAUAGGUCGAUCGCUGAUGUGAGUAUUCUUGAUUGCAAACCUCUUCAAAAGGCAUCCAUGGAAGGUGACAAGAAAGUUUACUCACCGUCAGGGUCUUUUCGAGUGACAUUCCCAGGCUCCGUCCUCCCGGAAUUUGUUGUAAUUGAUAAUGCUUUUUACACAGUACGUCUUUUUAGGCCGAAGGUUUUUAACUGUACCAAUUGCAAGCAGUUUGGUCACAGUGCUAGCUUUUGCGACAACAAGCCCCGUUGUGGCAAAUGCAACCAAGCUCAUCUCGACGAGUCUUGCACACAGGAAGCUGAAAAAUGUAGCUACUGUGGUAAAGAACUACACGAGUUGCAAAAAUGCCCGGCAUACAAAAAGCGUAUUCAAAAUGAGAGUCGCUCAAUCAUUGAGCGCUCCAAGAAGACUUAUGCGGAAAUGGUGAAAUCAUUUAAUACGCCCGCUAAUAUGUCUGAGUCAGCUGUCCCAGUUGAAAAUCCCUAUCAGGAGUUGUCUUCCGAUGAUCAGGACGAUUGCGAAACUGAUGAGGGUGGAUCCUUUUCGGAGGUACACGCAUCCGGAAAAAGGAAGUCACCAUCUUCCCCGGGAUUGCGCCGAAAGGUUUUCUUAAAGUCUUCCCUCAUAAGUUUGACAACUACUAAAGGAGGCGGAGGGAAUUUAAAAACUCCGAAGAAGCAGGUCUCUGAUGGUGCAGUUCCUUGCUGCAGCAAGGACCUAGAACCUCCGCCUCCAACUGUUAAGUAUACUUCAAAAAGAAAUACUCGACAAGGUGGCAAGAAAAAAGCCACAAAAGCUCCUCGAACUUCAGCAAAAUCUAUCAAGCCCAAACGAGGACUGUUCACUUUUAGGGCCCUUGUGGAUCGCUUAUAUGAUGCCCUCGGACUUUCCGACUCCUUCAGAGGCAUACUAGACAUUUUUCUCCAAGCAGUAGAAGAGUAUCUUCGGAAUUUGACACAAUCAUGGCCCCUCCUUGCUUCGAUCAUAUCUUUUGAUGGAUAAUUCAUCAACCGAGGUUCAAGAUAUGAUCACUGUUCUACAGUGGAACUGUCAUAGUUUAAAACCUAAAUUGGACCUGUUUAAAUUUUUGGUUCACAACUCUGAUUGUGAUAUAUUUGCACUUUGUGAAACAUGGCUUUCUUCUGAAGACGAACUCAACUUCCACGAUUUCAACAUCAUUCGCCAGGACCGAGAUGAUCAUUAUGGAGGAGUACUUUUGGGGAUAAAAAAAAGUUACUCAUUUUAUAAAAUUCCAAUCCCAACUCAUCCUGGCGUAGAAAUCGUCGCUUGCCAAAUAAACGUAAAGGGUAAAGAUCUUUGCGUAGCUUCCGUUUACAUUCCUCCAAGAAUUUCAAUUAACCGCCGUCAUCUUUGGAAUGCGGUUUCUUCACUAUCACAUCCAGUUUUAAUUCUGGGUGAUAUGAACGCACAUGGUACAGGGUGGGGCGAACCAUAUGACGAUAAUAGAGCGGUCAUUUUCUAUGAUUUGUGCGACGAUUUCAAUUUGAACAUUUUAAAUACAGGUGAAGUGACACGUAUUGCAUCUGACGGCAAAGAAAGUCGUCUUGACCUAUCACUGGGAUCAAGUUCACUAUCAUUCGAUUGCUUGUGGAAGGUAAUCGAGGAUCCUCAUGGUAGUGAUCACUUGCCCAUUAUAACCACCACAAAGCAUAAUAGUGAAAGGUCAGACCAACCAAUUCAGGUUCCUUUUGACCUCACAAGGAAUAUCGAUUGGCAAAAAUAUGCAGAAGCGGUAUCUUUUGGCAUCGAAUCAUUCGAUCCCCUCCCACCUUUGGAUGAAUAUCGAUUCCUGUCAGAACUGAUAUACAAGAGUGCAUUAGAAUCACAAAAACGACGAGUUCCAAGUGCAACCUUCAAAAGAAGACCAGCGGCUGGCAUUGGUCACGAGAUUCACAAGUAUGCUACGGUUAUGCUCGUAACGACCUGCGCAAGCAAUCGCGAUGUUAGCAACCAUAGAUCACAUACGCUAAUGGGUAAAUCGUAACCAAGAAACCAUUGUUGACCGUAACGAUUUGUUUGUUUGUUCGACCAUCCCAGACUCUGACCUUCAGUCAAUUUGACCGUCAGCCCAUCAGUCCCAGUUUAUUCCUCAAACAUUUCGACCUCAAACAUUUCGUAAUUUUACGUUUUAAUUACUACCGGAAGAAAAUUGUGUAGGUCAAUGCAUCAACCCUAUUACAUAUUGAUAUUUUUUGUAACCUCACUCUUCUUGGCCGAUUACUAGACCUAGACGCGAUUCCUGUUACCGUUUCCGUUAUAGUCCGCGCAUCACUUGGUGUAUAGCUACAAUUGUGAAAGAGCCCCUGGAAGAACAAGGACCGAUAAGGUGACGUUGCCCUGUUGAUAUCGACAUGCCGAACAUUCCCAACGUUCCUGAACAUAGGCGGAACGUAAGCUUACGCGUUUAGUUAGUCAAGUCUCCACACUGUAGGAUUUCAUCUGGUCCAGGGCUAAAGGUGAUCCCAACCCUCGGCCCACCCAGGCGCUGUCCUCAAUAUUCGACAGCGCCUCUGCAGUCAUAAUAAAGUGAAUAAUAUUGAACUAAUAUGUAUUUAUGUGAAUAAAUAUCUGAUGCAAAUGUUUUUAAUUAAUUAUUUCUUACGCAUUUCUGAAGAAGGUUUGGCCGAACAUAUGUGAGAGCUAGAGCAACAUUUGAAAGAACAGGUCGUUCCUACUGCGGCCAGCAGGCAUAGGCGAAACUACCGGGGGUGCCAUGCACCCCCUAGAAUAAUUGAGAUGCAAUGCUGUGCGAUAUGGGGCGCUGAAUGAUGAAUAGAUGAACUAAUGAACAUUUGUUCGUAAUGGCCAAAAUCCGUUGUUUCGCUCUUGUAACUGUUGGCCUAGCGCACUGUGUUAAAUUAUAUUUCAUAAAUCAAGAGUGUUGACUACUCGUGAAAACAAAUUCUCAGUGGUCAGAAUUCAAAACGGUGGAGUAAUUUGGAUAACACUGUAGUUUUGUAACUACUACAAUGACCUUCAUGACCGUCGAUUCAGUAGUCGAUGACGGUCGUUGUUUGAAAAACUUCAUUGAAGUUUUCUAUGGUUACUUGAACCUUUCUUUCCAUGGACGUUCGCAACCCGAAAAGCUUCUGAGCAACGGCGUAGACGAUUUGAUGAGCCUAUUGCGAUGAAGCGAAUGUGAAUGCGGAAGAAUAUUUUCUGUUACAUGAAAGUGAUUGCCAACGGUGACUAAUGCCAAGCCUGGACCAGCCACACUAGGCUGGGAUGAUGAUUGCACCCAGUUGUAUCUUAAAAAAUCUGAUGCUUUCAAAGCUUUUCGUAGGCAUGGUACUUCAGAUCUUUAUCAAGAGUAUGCUAAGCUCGAAAGACAGCUGAAGAACCUGCUGAAAGCGAAGAAGCGUAGUUAUUGGCGACACUUCAUUGAGGGCCUCUCUAGAGAAACUUCAAUGACAACGCUUUGGAGAGUGGCUCGCAACAUGCGAAACCGCUCUUCUUCUAAUGAGAGUGACGAAUACUCCAACCGUUGGAUAUUUAGCUUCGCGAAAAAGGUCUGCCCAGACUCAGUCCCAGCACAACCGUUUUCUUGUGAAACAUCCUCAGGAGACGGUUCUCUGGACAGACCCUUCACUAUGCUGGAAUUUUCUAUGGCUCUUCUUUCAUCAAACAAUUCCGCUCCGGGACGCGAUAUGAUCAAGUUCAAUCUUCUAAAAAACCUCCCAGAUAUCGCGAAAAGACGAUUACUGGACCUGUUCAACUCAUUGAUGGAGAAUAACAUUGUUCCGCCAGAAUGGAGACAGGUCAAAGUAAUAGCUGUUCAAAAGCCUGGUAAACCAGCGUCUGAUCAUAAUUCAUACCGCCCAAUUGCUAUGUUAUCAUGUUUAAGGAAAUUGUUGGAAAAAAUGAUCCUAUCACGACUCGACCAUUGGGUUGAAUCGAAUGAUUUGCUUUCAAAUACACAGUUCGGGUUUCGCAAGGGUAAAGGAACAAACGAUUGUCUAGCGUUGCUUUCAACAGAUAUUCAACUGGCCUUUGCGGAAAAGGAGCAACUGGCUUCAGUUUUCUUGGAUAUUAAGGGCGCCUUUGAUUCAGUUUCCAUAGGAAUAUUGUCAGAAAAACUGCACAAUAGUGGACUUCCAGGAAUUUUAAAUAAUUUCUUGUAUAAUUUGUUGUCAGAAAAACAUAUGAGUUUCAAUCUCGGACAACUGACAACUUCCAGAAUUAGUUACAUGGGCCUACCCCAAGGCUCAUGUUUAAGUCCCUUGCUUUAUAAUUUUUACGUGAAAGACAUUGAUAGUUGCUUGGAAGGACAAUGCACGCUAAGACAACUUGCAGAUGAUGCUGUGGUUUCUCUAAAAGGCCCACAUGCAGAAAUGUUGCAAAGACCAUUGCAAAAUUCUCUAAAUAAUCUGUCAAUCUGGGCAAGAGAUUUGGGGAUCGAGUUUGCUCCGCAAAAAACUCAAUUGGUUGUGUUUUCUAAAAAGCGGAACCCAGCCCAACUGAAACUCAAUCUUUUGGGAAUAGAAAUCGACCAAUCUUUGACUUCGAAAUACCUUGGGGUCUGGUUUGAUUCAAAAGGCACUUGGGGUACCCAAAUCAAGUAUUUGGUGCAAAAAUGUCAACAAAGGAUCAAUUUUCUACGCACAAUUACCGGAACAUGGUGGGGUGCUCACCCGGAAGACCUCAUAAAACUAUUCUCUCUGUUAUUGAGUAUGGCUCUUUCUGCUUCCACUCAGCAGCAAACUGUCACCUAAUAAAGCUGGAACGAAUUCAAUACCGUUGUUUGCGUAUUGCCCUCGGCUGUAUGCACUCAACUCAUAAUGCGAGCCUAGAGGUCCUGGCAGAGGUGAAACCUCUCCAGAACCGCUUCUGGGAGCUCUCGCUAAGGUUACUUAUCAAGUGUGGAGUGAGCAACACACUUGUUAUUGAAAACUUCGAAGAAAUGCUCAGUCUGAACACUCAGUCAAAAUUCAUGAGAAUCUAUUUUUUCUACAUGUCAUCUGAUAUAAGCCUCCCAGGUUAUAAUCCUCCUCGUGUACACUUCACCAAUGACAGUUCCUCUGUUAAAUACGAUCUGUCCAUGAAACAAGCUGUUCAGGGAAUACCAGAUCAACUUCGAUGUAUAUCUAUUCCUCGCAUAUUUAACGAAAAGUACCAAAAUGUCAAUUCCUGUAAGAGAUUCUUCACUGAUGGGUCUCGCAUAAAUGGACCCACUGGUUUCGGUGUCUUCAAUGAAAACUCCACCGCCUUCCGCAAACUUCAGGAACCUUGUUCGGUUUAUGUUGCUGAGCUGGCAGCAAUCGACUUCGCCUUGGGGAUGAUCUCAAACAUGCCCGCAGACCAUUUCUUCAUCUUCUCGGAUAGUCUUAGUUCUAUUGAGGCACUCCGGUCGAUGAAACCUGUAAGGCAUUCAUCUUACUUUCUUACAAAAAUAAGGGAGCAGAUGGGUGCACUGGUCGAAAGAUCAUACAAGAUUACCUUUGUAUGGGUCCCCUCACAUUGCUCAAUUUAUGGCAAUGAGAAGGCGGACUCUCUCGCAAAGGUGGGCGCACAGGAAGGCGAGACCUAUGAUAGAAGAAUUUCACACGAUGAAUUUUUCCAUUUAGUUCGUCAGAGUUCUCUUCAAAGUUGGCAACGUGAUUGGCGAGAUGGUCAACUGGGACGGUGGUUACAUUCCAUUAUUCCUAAUGUUUCUUUGCGAGCGUGGCAUUACAGUUUGGACGUAGGCCGAGACUUCAUACGCGUGAUGUCAAGACUCAUGUCCAACCAUUACUCGCUAGGCGCGCAUUUGCAUAGAAUAAACCUCGCGCUCGACAAGCUUUGUACUAAAUGCGGUUCCGGUUAUGAUGACAUCGACCACGUAGUUUGGCAAUGCCCGGAUAAUGACGCCUCCAGAGCGCUACUAUUGGAUACCCUUGAGGCCCGAGGUAGACAACCCUUUGUUCCAGUAAGAGAUGUGUUGGGAACCCGCGAUCUAAUCUAUAUGCGGUCCAUUUAUGAGUUUCUUCGCAUGUGUUGUAUAAAGGUAUAAUCUUCUGUUUUUUUUUUCGCUUCAGUUUUUUUUCUUUGUGUUUUGUCUUUUUUGUGUUUUAUGUUCCUGGCCAUCCGGCAGACGAAAACCCGUGACAAGCCCGUGCAAACACCAGAGGCGACGCCAAAAGCCAAGAUACCUCCCGGAUGUGCUACAGAGAACCCUGAAACCUUAUCCUCACCAUGCCUUUCCUUAAAAUUUUGUGACCCGCUAACCUCGAGCAGCCACGAGUACCCUGGCCUCCUCCCAGUACUAACCUCGAGUACCUAAGAAAGUCAGAAAAUUGUAUGUAACUGAAUACAAAUAAUGAAUUGCGGCUCCGUAAAGCGUUACACGCGAUUGAGCCAUAAAUAAAUGAACUAGACAAAAAAAAAAAUAAAGGAAUACUUGAAAAAAUCUUUGGAUGCUUUACUGACCCAACUAACAAUCGUAAUUUCUCAUGGGAUUUCGGCUUUAAGUCAAAGAAGAUCGGAAUCCACAAACAAGCAUGCAUGCUGAAUUGUUGCUUUAUAAAAGUAUAAUGAUAGCUGAACUAUAAUUAUGCUGUACAUAUUACUGUACAAAUGCUUUUUUCAAUUGAAAAAGUAGCCAAUUUUCAACUUUUCGUAUCGGUUUAACAAUGAUAAUUUGAAACACUUUUUAAAGGUAUAAGAAAUUUUCUGUUCGACUUUCAAUUAUUACUUAACAAGAUAGUUGAACAAGACCUUUUUAUGCUUCUUGUUCAGAUUAUGUACAAAUUGGCAACUGUGAUACCUAAUGUUAUGAUUUACUUUAAAAGAUGAAAAUGACUUUGUUGUGUUUUCUGUGUUUGUUUACGUCUACACGGAGAAACAAAAGUACCCAAAAGUGAGUUCAUUCCACUCAACUUCGAGGUUGCGUGUGGGAAGCCAAUUUUGAGUUGAUGGAGUCGAUGUUGAUGUAGGUAGUUUGCAUUUAGGCGUAUACGGUCAAAGUACCUAGAGUCGAAGUUCUUUUUACUCAUCCGACAGUUUAAAUUACUCAACUUUCGGUACUAUGUCACUUACUCAAUUUUGGCUUCCCACAUCGAACGUUUUGCUAUUCAUUCUCUGACAACAGUAAAGGGAGCGAAUGAAAGGGAUGCAAAAAAGAACUCAAAAGUGAGUUUAAAAAUACUCAAUUUUGGGUUCUCUUGUUUUUCAGUGUACACACCUAGAAAAAAUUAUGUAAUUUUAGAUGUCCUGAACCUGACAUAUACGAGCAUCUUCAAAGACACUAAUUUAGAGGUCAAAACAUGUAAAUUUACAUCUUGGAGGACAUCACAAAAUAAAACUCAUUUGUUCUUAGCGUCUAGCAAUCGCCAGAUCGCAAUUCGAGUCGAAAAUUAUUCGACAGAUAAACAUUUAAAAGUAAAAUUUUGGCACGCAUGGAUUCGAACUCAGAUCCGUUGGGUAUGAAGCACAUCACUUACCUCUCAGCUAUUUCACCGAGGAGCAAGGUGGCUCAUGAAUUUGAUACUGACUCUACGUUUCUGGUGAAAUUGAUUUGUUGGCAUAAAAGAUAUUGUAGUACAAGAUACAGAUUGUCGCUCUCGUCGCUGUCCGCAACAUCCCGGGGCCACGUCUGUCAAACGAUUUGUUUUCACGAUCAGCUGCUGGCGAUGGAAGGCUAACAUGUGAAAGCGUCUGAAAUAGAGUAUUUCAAUCUCCAUACAAAGUGACCAAAUCUUUUGUAUUUUCAGUACUAAAAUUGAUGCUGCAAGUAAUCUGAAUCGAGUAUUAGUUAUGGAUUUUUUGUAUUUGAUUGUUUAACAACUAUUUAAUGAAAAAAUAGUUCAUUUAGUUUUAUGAAACUUGAAAUCCGCUUGUGCGAAAAAGUAUGUUGGGUUGCAAUCAAAUGUUGGGAUAGAAACAUUGAGAGGCAAAUGAGAGACACUAGGGAUCCCAAUGCAAAUCGCGCUGAUUGUCGUCGAUGAUCAGAAUAAUCGGUGUGGUGAUUUUGAGACAUCCACAUUCAGCUUUGACAGAUAUGUACCUGGGAUGUUGCGGCACCGGAACAAUGGCUACACUAGCGACAAUCUUUAUCUUGUACUAUAAUAUCUUUUGUUGGCAUCUAACCUACUUACAUGAUGCGCGUAAAAUUGUGUCCAAUUUGUGGUUCAGUCUUGAAAAUGUUAACGUUCUUUUAUGAAUCCGUCUCGUGUAAAUUUCAGAAUUUUUUGGUGUGUAGGAUCUGUCACAUGUAUAAAUGUUGUUUAUUGUUGACUAGAGUGUGAAUGAUUGUAUAGUCUAUUUUACGAAACGACAACAGUGUUGAUAUUUAUAUUAACACUCACGAGCUUGGGCGCAACCUUCUGUCAAAUUUUCAUUCAUGAAAUGAGCGAUCAGCUGAUCCGAAACGUCUCGUAAAAUGGCUCAUUGUGGUAAUUAAGUAUCGUUAACCUUCCGUAACUCGCGCGGUUGACUACCUGCGUCAGCACCAUGCUAAUGCUGAGUACAAAAAGCGAGAUUUUUUCAUCGAGUUGUACAAAAUACAACAGCGCGAUCACUCGAGGGUUAAUAAAGUGUAUACAAAUAAUGAAUACAGUUGUUUAACCGUUAUUGUAGAGAAAGAUUAUUCUCACACCAACAAAGCAGCUGAUAUUGAACUUUUUUUUUGUUUCCACAUAUGGAUAAAAGUAGUAAUAAUUGUUUUGAAUCGGAUUAAAUGACAGUGCUCCCGAACAAGUUGACUUGCUCCGAUUUUAUGAUAGAGCAUAUGUGUUAGAUGCAUCGAGCUAACUACACGGACGCAGCCAAUUUUCGCGUGCCAUCAGCCAAUCAUCAUUAUGUAAUCUAGUUUGUAAUUAUUUUCCAACUACCUAGCACUUUUCUUUUCUCGCUUCAUUCCAACAAAUCAACGACGUGUUGUCGGCGAAGAAGCCCCAGAGUCAGUCACCGGAGCCAGCAUUUGCUGUUGUGGUUGUUAUCUGCGCUAGACCAAGACCGCGACAAAGCUGAAGCCAUGUUUUGAAUUUGUAGGGAAAAAAAAUCCCAUCAAACGCCGGCGCCGCCAUCUUGCGGCGCUUUAGCAGUGCCGCCACUGCCUCUACCCCAAGCAGCCCUGUUGAACUUUCACUAAUUGUUUCAAACAUGAAAUGAAGACUUUUUCACCGCUUCCUCCGGCCAGCGACGAAGCUAACCCGCUCUCAUUACCGUUGCGAUGACUGGCUGCAUGGGAGAAGUAAGAAAUCGCGGUCCGGAUUCACGGGAUCUAACGGGGAUUUGAAUUUGCGCGGCAUUCGAAAGAUUCGUUCCUGAACGAUCGCAGCCAUCGUUGCGCUCGCCGCCUACCAAGACCUACGAUAUGGUACUGAUGGUAGAGCGAUCCCUCCGCAAAUUAAAACAAUGGCAACGUGAUCGGCAUAAUCUGAUGCUUCGAUCGGCGGCGAUGGGUUGCUAUCCCUAGCAUUUGACGUGCGCAAGACUUGCACAAGUUUCUUCUUCGGUAUUCAGCGCGAUGAAAGAGAAUGCAUUUCUUCACACAAUCAUCGGCGGAGGUUUUUACCCGUACGGCCCACUUUGAUCUCGUGCUUAUGGGUUGCUCUGCGAAACCGUCCAGUUUCAAUCAAGUCAGUUUAGAGAAUGCUCUUCAUUAUGAGUCUGGCGUGAGUUGCACCCUCUUUAAAAUUUAUCUAGAUUUAUAUAAAAAUCGACGCCACAAGUUGUGUUGCGGCGCUAGUGUUACCAAAGCUAAAACAAUUUGACUUCUUAAACAGCUUUCAAGAGCAAACUUGUUCUAACUUGGAUAUCUGUUCUCUGUGUUUUAUCACAGACAAACAGACGUCUCACUCUACUCACUUCCUAUCGUUUCACUUUUUAACGGAUAAUUCAAAUAUUCCGUAGUUCGCAAAUCGCUCGCUCAUGGCGCUCGCAUCGUUUUUGCUCCUGUUUGACGUUUGCUCACUACCGCCAUCUACUCAGUAGAUUUGCGUACCACAGCAUAAUUAGCAUUGGGCGAUUAUGUUUGCGUGACGAUGAUUUUUAUCGCAUUUUCUUCCAAGUGACACGUCUGUUUGUCUGUGGUUUUAUAUUCAUUGACUACAACAUGGGAACUUUGCGAUACCAGCGCCAUCUCGAUGUUGAUACAUAUGUUUCCAUUUCAAAUCUUAACGGUUCUUUUGCUUACUCCGUUUUGAAACUGGUCUUGGAUGUCUGUUCUCUGUGGUUUUACAAUAUUUUCCUUUUAUUUUUUCUCGGUUUUACCCCAAUCUACCCUAUUUACUUUUACAUCUGGCACUGACAGGCACAGUCACAAACUCUUGCACAACUUGGCUUUUAGCUUUUAGCGCUAAUCAACGGCUGCACUUCCCUUGCAUCGUGCCUUUUGCCACAUCAGGAAGAAUGUUGUAGGAGUUUCAUCUCUCGUUUCUAACUUCUUCUCCUUCCAUACUCUCGAAUCUUCCAUCAGCAGAGGUUCCUCCGAAACGCGCUGAUGCAGCACGCGAAACCUAAUAAUUAACGAAAACAUGACUUUCGAUUUUAACCCCUUGGAUUAGCUUCAGCAGCAACGGUAAAAGGUCUCACCCGUAGCAGACGGUGGUGGUCCCGUCCCAUCGUCAUUCUCCCUUUCGAAAUCGAAUCGAAUCCGGGCACGCAGAUGGGAGUCUCCCAUUCACUUCCUUCCAAACACCAUCAAGCUCAACCUGAUGGGAGGCACUUUGGCAGGCGACGCGUGCUGUAGCUGGUGCAAGUUUCGAGGCGAAAAUAAAAAACAAAAACAGCAAAACAUCAGUCAGGGAUGCUGUGAAACACCGACCGGCUGAAUGAACCCUAAACCACGGUGUUCAAGGGGGGAUUGGUGUAAAAUGCACUAUUGAGCAUUAAUCCAGCAUUUUACAAGCGGUAAUGGCCUCCUAAAAUACGGUACAAAAAGGGCGACAAGUUGGAUUGCGGGAACUCUCUCAAAUUAUUGUAUGCCUCCGUCUAACAUCGAUUGCAAGAGAGUUCAUGGGGCAGUAUAGACGAGUGCAUCGAUGAAUAUUGAGUUCACUGAGCCUGAAAUUUUUUGACAGCACAGCGGGGUCGACUCUCAAAAACUUCUACUUAGAGAUGCAUCACCAAAAUGCGCUGAUAAUAUUUUUCUUUGAUUUCUUGCAUGAAUUUACAUUUAAAGUAAUGCAUAUGCAUAUAGUGAAUGCACUAGCCUAUAUUUUUGCAACUUCAUCGCGAAAAGUAGAUGCAAUAAAUUAUAAAAAAUUUCAGCUGGGUAGAAGUUGUUGAGAGUCGACCCCGCUGUGGUGUCAAAAUUCGCUGCCCGAGUGAACUUUCAGCGGGCGGUGCACUCGUCUAUCAGGCUGGAUUCAUAGGUGAACGCGUUACAACGGAUCAGAUGUUCGCCAUCCGCCAGGUGUUACAGAAAUGCCGCGAAUACACCGUGCCCAUACAUCACUUGGUCGGCGUUAAGUCAGAGGGGACCAAGUAACAAAAUUGACGAAAAUUAGAUUUUAAGGGCAUUUGAUCAGGAAUUACUUAGGCUACUUGGAACAUUCGCCCAAUUUUCUUAAUGUUACUAUUAACGAGAGUUAUAGCACAAUUUUCUUUUGAUUGAACUGCAAAAAUUGAUAAUAGUGUACAGUCAGAGUGGACCAUAUGCUUGAUGUCAAGAGAGUUGAAAAAAUAUGUAUUGGUUAAAAUCCAAUAAAUAAAAUAGUUUAUCAUCAAAAUGUGAUACGUUUCCAAAUCGUAUGACUCCCUAACGCAUUUUCUGAUGAUUAUUGGUCAAGGAAGCACGUAAAAUUCCAUUUUAUUAUGGUCAAUAUCGUAUUUUACAGAUCAUCGUGUUGAAGCAUAUUGGGGCAUUUCACGUGCAGACAGAGUGGACCAUGUGUCUCUAAGAAAAAUAGUUGAAAUUACCUUAUUCUUCGCAACCCUUUUCAAAUCAAAAUAUGUUUGUUUAGUAGCUGUUGGGCAUCAUAUUGCAAUGUACCAAUACCCGUUUCAUGAAGAAAUUGAUUUUACCGAAUAUUUAACAAUUGUGUACUUGGUUCACUCUGUCUGAACGAAAUUUUGAAAAAUGCUAGUCCUCUGAAUAAAUUAUUAUGAACCGUGUAACUACAAUAUUUCAAAAACGUGCUGAAUUAUGAAAAUACAUUCAAAAGUUGUUAGCUAUUCAAUGUUCAAAUUAAGAAUUCUCAAAUAGCUCAUUAAUUGACUACCUUUCAUGUGAUAUUGAACUGUUGUACUUGGUCCAUUCUGACUGAACAUAAAAAUUUAAAAUGGUAACCAACACUGUAAACAGAAAUAUCAAAAUCUAAACUUCCUGCUCACAUUAUACACCACUCCUAUUAACUUUUGUCCUACUUGUGCAUUAUUUUUUCAUCAAAUAUGUAAGAACUUGAGUGUGAAAUGUAGUUGGUUGAAGAUUUUCCAAAAACCGUUCAGUCAGAGUGGACUAAGUACAAUUAAUUAUUUAGCAAUUUCUCGGUUUUAAGCUUUAUUUUACGUUUUUUUCGCGAUCAAUACAGAGCGAUGCUAUGAUGCAUAGUUAUUAUGAUUUAUAGCAAAAAAUCAGGAACAUUUGUUGAAAAACUUAAAACUUAUAGAGUUGCAAACUUUAAAGUCGUUUUUCUAGAAAUUAAGUAAAAGACACAUGGUCCUCUCUGACUUAACGCCGACCACUUGUUCAUCAAUUUCAAAUCGGCGUAUGAUACAAUCGAUCGAGAACAGCUAUGGCAGAUUAUGCACGAAUACGGAUUCCCGGAUAAAGUGAUACGAUUGAUCAAGGCGACGAUGGAUCGAGUGAUGUGCGUAGUUCGCGUCCUUUCGAAUUUCGCAGAGGGUUACGGCAAGGUGAUGGUCUUUCGUGCUUGGCUUUAGAGGGUGUAAU